UUGCAACACUGAUGAAAAUAUUUCAGUGAGAACAUCGCUUCGAGCUUUUAGUCAAUAUUUUCGGACUUCGCAUUACAUUAUAACGUAAACCGAUCUAUUUCCGUAAUAGUACAGUGAUAAAUUAUAUCGAAACGAGAAAUUUUGAAGAAAUUACGUUAGUUAUAAUUAAGAAGUAUUGUUUAAAUAUACACAACUGUGAACCAGUAUUGAUUAGCCGAUCCUUCUAAUAACACUGGCAGUUUUAAGAGAUGGCAAUACUAAGGCUGAAUACAAACAUUGUCUUUGGCACCAUCCUCCUAUUAUCCUGGAUAUCUGUCGCGCACUGCAUCGAUUGUUUCAAAUGUGUAUCAAUGAACGGACGAUUCCCAGCUUGCGAUGACCCCUUCCAUAACAAUCACUCCCUAAACAUGCUCGAGUCCCCCUGCAUGGGGGGCAGAAAGGGUAGGGAUGGAUUAUUCCCAGCCACCUCAUGUAUUAAGAUAGCUGGUGUUUUUGAUGAUACUGGCGAGACGAUAACCGUGAGAGGCUGUGGUCUCGACUCUGGUACUGCCACCACCGACACUGAGAUAAUACGUAUGUCUCACUGCGGUAGAUUUUAUUAUAAUGACAGAUAUGUCCACGGCUGUCUCCAAAGUUGCAACGACGCGGACGCUUGCAACACAUCGCACAGAAAGUCUGUUCCAGUGACAUUUCUAACGUCAUACGUCAUCACGGUGUUGCUAUCACAUGCCGUGACGAGCUAACAUAUAUUAUAAAUUAAAAAAUACACUUUAGAGCAGCUUGGCUUUGUAAUUUUUGUAAUUUUACAUGCUAAGUAGGAUAAUAAAUAUAUAUAUUACAAAUAGCAUAUAUUUUACUCAACGGUCAUAAUGAGUCACGUUCACAUUGAUGAUUUUAAUAUUAAAUGGCGUACCUUUAUAAAACAAACUUGACUAAAUAUGAAUAAUCCGUUGAGAGGUUUCCUUAAAGACUUUGGCGUCUUAUCGUGCAAGACAACGACGAUAAAAUAACCAAAACUAGCUUACACUACACAUUUCACAUCAACACUCACCAGAGGGAGCAACCCUAAUCCGACGAAUAGAGCUUUCAAACCAGCCACGUCCUGAGCCGUAAUACGCAACCCGAAAUGGCUCUAAUAUCUAGGCGAAGAACAUGCCAGAAGUUUCAACAGCAAUUAUAAAAUCAGAAAGAAAAUGGCGAAGUUAACAUUUUCUUCUACGAUAACAGAAACAUCAACAACAACAAUUGUCAGUUUGAUUCAGAAUUAUUUUUGACUAAAUCGUUUUUUAGAGAAGCACCCCUUGCUUGCUUCAGACACCCUUAUUUAUUAGGUCUAUAUUAUAUUACAUAAUUAAACUUUUAAAAUAAUCAACUAAUUGGUACGCCCAUGGGGACAGGAUCAUGCGAUUUCCUCGCCGCUACGUGACCUUAGACUUUGCAAUAUUUUAAAAAUAAAUCAAUAAAGUUAAUAGAUAGAACCACUCAUAAUAUUUCAUCACAAGUCGAAAAGUAAUAUUGAUUUUGUUGUAUACUUUCUGCAAACUAAACGCAAAUGAGAAAUGAAAUAUCGCUAUUCCUUUCUCGCGUAUAAUGUCAAUAAAGAUAAUAAAUAUUUCAAUCAAAUAAAGUCCGAUCCACUGAGAUACUCGUAAUGCCAGACUACAGUAGAACAAAACUUAAAAAGUUGAGUUACAUUUUAUUAUU